AUGUCACUUGUUACUAUGACAUUCUUUUGUAUAGCUGUGUUUAGAGACUUCGAAAGUAAGGAAAAUCCCACAGUUAUGGGAUGUUUUGCCAUAUGUGCAGUCUUGAUGAUGAUUUCCACGCAUACCUUUGGACGAGGGAAAAUGUACACUUCAAUCAUCCUAGUUGCUCUUGUACUUGUUGCUGGUAAUAAUUGUCAAACGCAUACAAGCGCCAUAAAUUUGCAGAUUUCCACGCAUACCUUUGGACGAAGGAAAAUGUACACUUCAAUCAUCCUAGUUGCUCUUGUGCUCGUUGCUGGUAAUAAUUGUCAAACGCAUACAAGCGGUGUGCAACAAGGUGAAACGGGCGGAACCGCGGAAAAGGGUGCACAGCUUGCUGGUAGUCAACAAGGUGGAAUGGGUGGCCACAUGAUGGGCGGACAGAAUAAAGGAAUGACCUCUGGAAGUGGUCAUAUGGGAACAGUUGGUGCUCAACUUGCUGGUGGUCAACAAGGAGGAGUGACGGGCGAACAAAAUAAAGGACUGAGCUCUGAAAGCGGUCAUAUGGGAACAGUGGGUGCUCAACUUGCUGGUGGACAACAAGGAGGAGUGAUGGGCGAACAAAAUAAAGGAGUAAGCUCUGAAAGCGGUCAUAUGGGAACAGCGGGUGCUCAGCUUGCUGGCCAACAAGGUGGAGUGACUGGACAAAACAAAGGAGUAACUUCUGAAAGCGGUCAUUUGGGAACAGCAGGUGCUCAGCUUGCUGGACAAGGUGGGAUGAUGUCUGGCCAAGGGGGAAUGAGUGGCCAAGGGGGAAUGAUGGGUGGACAAAGGGGAAUGAUGGGUGGACAACAUAUGGGAGCAGCUUCUCAUAUGGGAGAUCACAAAGUUCUUUUCAAGAUUUCAAGAAAUACCUUCAUUUGGCGCAGUAUGUUGUACACUUCGGUCAUCACAAUUACACUUGUGCUCGUAACUUUUGCUAGUUGCCAAUUUUAUGGCAAUCAAGGCUAUGGCGGUGGCUAUGGCAGUCAAGGUGGAUUAGGAGGAAACUACGGAGGAGGAGGAAAUUAUGGAGGAGGAGGA